GUGGAGACCCGACGGCAGCCCCAGGCUCAGGGCUCGCGAGGAUCCCAACAGCCGCGCGUGGACACCGGCCACAGCCCGGUUCCCCGAGCGCCAGGCAUGAAUCGCAAGAAGCUGCAGAAGCUGACGGAAUCCUUAACUAAAGAUUGCAAGCACUUUAAUAAAUUUGAAGUGAAAUGUCUUAUCAGCCUUUUCUACAACUUGGUGGGGGAUGUGACGGAGCGGCAGGGCGUGGUUGUCGGGCUCGACCGGAACGCCUUUCGGAACAUCCUGCACGUGACGUUUGGGAUGACGGAUGACAUGAUCAUGGACAGAGUGUUCCGCGGUUUUGAUAAAGACAAUGAUGGCUGCGUGAGUGUCUCAGAGUGGGUUUACGGAUUGUCGGUGUUUCUUCGAGGGACUUUGGAAGAAAAAAUGAAAUAUUGCUUUGAAGUGUUUGACUUGAACGGUGACGGCUUCAUCUCCAAGGAGGAGAUGGUCCACAUGCUGAAGAACAGCCUCCUCAAGCAGCCGUCGGAGGAGGACCCGGACGAGGGCAUCAAGGACCUGGUGGAGAUCACACUGAAGAAGAUGGACCACGACCAUGACGGGAAGCUGUCGUUCCCAGACUAUGAAGCAGCCGUGAGAGAAGAGGCUCUUCUGCUGGAGGCAUUUGGACCGUGUCUGCCUGACCCAAAGAGCCAGAAAGAAUUUGAAGCCCAAGUAUUCAAAGACCCAAAUGAAUUUGGUGAGGUGUGAAUUCCCAAAUAUCUUGCUGUCUCAAGUGAGUAAAAAAAGAGGCGUGUG